CUACAAUCUCAUAACUUGAAAGUAUAUUUCAUUUAAGAUGGAAAACAGCUGAGAGAGCCACAAGUUGGAACAGGAAAUCCAAAUCAUAGCUACAAAACCCAAGCUUUACUACUUUAAUGGAAGAGGGCGAAUGGAAACGAUAAGAUGGCUGUUAGCAACAGCUGGGGUUGAGUUUGAAGAAGCCGAAUAUUUGGAAACAAGAAAACAAUAUGAAAAGAUAAUUCAGGCUGGAUCCCUGCUGUUUCACCAAGUGCCCCUGGUAGAAAUCGAUGAGAUGAAGUUGGUGGAGACCAGAGCCAUUCUCAACUACAUUGCAGGGAAACACAACCUCUAUGGGAAGGACCUGAGGGAGAGAGCACUGAUUGAUAUGUAUGUUGAAGGAACAAUGGACCUGAAUGAAAUGCCCAGGAUUUACCCUUUCUCAUCUCCUGAGGAAAAGGAGAAGAAUUUUGCCUUCAUGAUUCAGAGUGCCACCAACAGAUAUUUCCCAGUAUAUGAGAAGAGAGAGUGAGGUGCCUUUCCUUCUGCAUGAUGACUUGGGCCCCAGUCCUGAACCAAGGAAUCAAUUCUGAAGCACUUAGAUGAGAGGAAAGUGAUCAGGAACAGUCAGCAUGGAUUCACCAAGGGAAAGUCAUGCCUGACUAAUCUAAUUGCCUUCUAUGAUGAGAUAAC